AUGCGCUGGGUUGAACCGUACUCUGAGCGCGAAUCUCAAUCGAGCAAUCAACACCCGACUGGUUCUCAUGAACCAGACGUCUUUUCUGAAAUCCGACGGUUUAUUGUCGUUCACGAGAGUCACGGAGCAUCGCAAUGCGUCCCUAUACAUACCUACGGUGGGAGAGGAUUGCGCAAGUCCAAUAUCAAGAUCGAGGACCACGCAAGAGUCUUCCGGAAUGACGACGAACACUCGACCCCGCCCUCGGAACCACGGCUGAGAGAACCGAUUGGGGUUGUGAUUGAUAAAAACAGUGAAUUCCAGCGAAUUCAUCCUGAAUCUGUGGCGAAUUUUGGGAAAGUCUAUACUGUGGAACAUGAUGUCGCAGUCGCCAAUAUUGGGCAUGUUGUCAGAGCUCAUAACUAUCGUUUGCAACUCAACUGGGCCUCGUCUCGCAGUCAAGCCAUUGCGGCUCCAGGCAGCUUCGGGGAUGAUGAGACUAUGUUCCUAGCACCUCCAUUGACAAGUUCUGAAUCUAUUUCACCCAUCUCGAAUACCACAGCCGAUUUAAGCGAGAUGCCUAAGAAGAACCACAACCAGUCAACGGUUGAUCCGACGAGUGACUAUACAGUACUCAUUUUAUGCGCACUUUCUUCUGAAAUGGCUGCAGUAAUGGUUGUGCUUGAUGAGGAAAGACAUAUGUCAGCCAAUGAGCAAUAUCAGCCUGACCACGAUGACAUAUUGGGCCGUGUGAAAAAUCACAAUGUCGUCCUUGCCAAGAGACCCGCAGUAAUGUUCGGUGUAGAAGCAAUCUCCGGGGUAGUUCAAGAGAUGUUGCAGACUUAUUCAUUUAUACGCUUCGUGUUAGUGGUCAAGACUAGGAACGAAUUCCUGUUACAAAGACGCAAAGACGGGCGUGGUGAGGAAAGGAUCAGUCCAAUCACUUGGGCAAAAGGUAAAGUAGAACGAUCUGCAACUUUCCGGUCAACAAAGCCAAUCAGGCCACCAUCCAACGUUUUCAUCAAGGCUCUGAGUCGCUUACAAAACCAACUGGAGUGGGGAGAAAGGCAGAUUGGGCGUGACAUAUCUGAGAUACUCAGAAAGUAUCCAGCAAUAAGAAGAAAGUAUGAUUCUCUCCCUCCGCUCACCGAGCUUCCACCUCAACAACAAGAUUGGGACCAUUUUGCUCUAAAACGUGACGAGAGCAUUUACGGAAUCCACUCAUCUAAGGUUGGAGGAGCCGAAGCGCCUGAAAGCCACCAGAGCAACUUCGUUUUAAACGGUCAAAUUCGUGAUAGUGUGGCAGAGUAUUCGCUGUCCGAAGAACUCACUGUGUCUUGCUCGGAGGCAGGCGGUGCUGGGACAAUCUUAGAUUUCUCAUUUUUAGAGAUCCAAGGGAUAUACGACCAUUCCAAUUCUUACAAGAAGAAUCAGGGGUGGCAGGUCUAUGCGGCUGCUGCCGCCGCGGCAUACGCCAAGGUGCUUCUGGGUACCAUAACAACAGAAGACGUUAGACAGGAGAAGCUUGUUUUGCAGUCAGAUUUGUGUGAGUACCUUUAUUUCCUAUUCCGAUAA